GCAGCUCAGUCGCUCAGUCAGUCUCAGGCUGUCCAGCCAGGGUGUUUGGUGGCGAGGAUUCAGGCUCCGUCCAGACGAGGCCGUGGCCUGAGGCUUAGGGCCCCCCAGCCCCUCCCUCCCAGUCCAUCAGCGUCACUCCCCCAGCCCCGAGCUGGACCGCACACCUUGGGACACGGUUUUCCACUUCCUCAGGACGAGCCCCAGACUGGAGGAGAGGUCGGAGGAGGUGGGCGUUGGGCUCUUCGCGAGGACCCCUGCGGUGGGCCUGGGGGAGGCGGCCGAAGCGGCGGCGGCCGGGAGCGACAUGGCCGAGGAACAGGACCUAUCAGAGGUGGAGCUGAGCCCUGUGGGCUCCGAGGAGCCCCGCUGCCUGUCCCCUGGCAGUGCACCGUCGCUGGGCCCCGACGGCGGCGGCGGUGGCUCAGGCCUGCGAGCCAGCCCGGGGCCGGGCGAACUGGGCAAGGUCAAGAAGGAACAGCAGGACGGCGAGGCAGACGAUGACAAGUUCCCUGUGUGCAUCCGCGAGGCGGUCAGCCAGGUGCUCAGUGGCUACGACUGGACGCUGGUGCCCAUGCCCGUGCGUGUCAACGGCGCCAGCAAGAGCAAGCCGCACGUCAAGCGGCCCAUGAACGCCUUCAUGGUGUGGGCGCAGGCGGCGCGCAGGAAGCUGGCGGACCAGUACCCGCACCUCCACAAUGCCGAGCUCAGCAAGACGCUGGGAGAGCUAUGGAGGUUGCUGAACGAGAGUGACAAGCGCCCCUUCAUUGAGGAGGCUGAGCGGCUCCGGAUGCAACACAAGAAGGACCAUCCGGACUACAAAUACCAACCUCGGCGACGGAAGAAUGGGAAGGCAGCCCAGGGGGAGGCAGAAUGCCCAGGCGGGGAAGCUGAGCAAGGAGGGGCUGCUGCCAUCCAGGCCCACUACAAGAGUGCCCACCUGGACCACCGGCACCCUGAAGAAGGCUCUCCCAUGUCAGAUGGGAACCCAGAGCACCCCUCAGGCCAGAGCCAUGGCCCUCCCACCCCUCCAACCACCCCAAAGACAGAGCUGCAGUCCGGCAAGGCAGACCCCAAAAGGGAUGGGCGCUCCCUGGGGGAGGGAGGGAAGCCCCACAUUGACUUCGGCAACGUGGACAUCGGGGAGAUCAGCCACGAGGUAAUGUCCAACAUGGAGACCUUUGAUGUGACUGAGCUGGACCAAUACCUGCCACCCAAUGGGCACCCAGGCCACGUGGGUAGCUACUCAGCAGCUGGCUACGGGCUGGGCAGUGCCCUGGCUGUGGCCAGUGGACACUCUGCCUGGAUCUCCAAGCCACCAGGUGUGGCUCUGCCCACGGUCUCGCCCCCUGGUGUGGAUGCCAAAGCCCAGGUGAAGACAGAGACCACAGGCCCCCAGGGACCCCCACACUACACUGACCAGCCAUCCACUUCCCAGAUCGCCUACACCUCCCUCAGUCUGCCCCACUACGGCUCUGCCUUUCCCUCCAUCUCACGCCCCCAGUUUGACUAUUCUGACCAUCAGCCCUCAGGACCUUACUAUGGCCAUGCAGGCCAGGCCUCUGGCCUCUACUCAGCCUUUUCCUACAUGGGGCCCUCUCAGCGGCCCCUCUAUACCGCCAUCUCUGACCCCAGCCCCUCCGGGCCCCAGUCCCACAGUCCCACACACUGGGAGCAACCAGUAUAUACGACUCUGUCUCGACCUUAG